CCCCCAGAGACGCACCUGUUCUGACCUGCUGAGCAGGUUCCCAAGUUUCUGCCGUCGUUGUUGGCCACAGCGUGGGAAGCCGCUCUGGGGGAGCUCUGAGCUCCCGAUCACGGCUUCUUGGGGGUAGCUUCAGCUGGGUGGGCGGAACGGGGCCGGGUCCCCUAGCGGAGACCCCAGUGGGAUAGGCAGGUGCGGCCGUGCCUGAGGACUCCGUGACUUCCUGCCUUUUGGGCUGGUGCCCUACCCAGCUCUAGAGCCGGCUCCCAGGGAGAACUCGGUGCAACUUCAGAAACACUGGGCGGCUGUGCCUUUCGACCAAUGCCUCUGUCCCUGGGAGCCGAGAUGUCGGGGCCUGAGGCCUGGCUGCUGCUGCUGCUCCUGGCAUCAUUUACAGGCCAGUGCCUGGCAGGUGAGCUGGAGACCUCGGACCUGGUGACGGUGGUGCUGGGUCAGGACGCAAAGCUGCCCUGCUUCUACCGAGGGGACCCCGGCGAGCAGGUGGAGCAGGUGUCAUGGGCUCGUGUGGAUGCGGGCGAGGGCACCCGGGAGCUGGCGCUGCUGAACUCCAAAUACGGGCUGCACGUGAGCUCGGCCUACGAGGGCCGAGUGGAAGAGCUGCCGCCCCCACGGAACCCUCUGGACGGUGCGGUGCUCCUGCGCAACGCUGUGCAGGCUGACGAGGGCGAAUACGAGUGUCGUGUUAGUACCUUCCCUGCCGGCAGCUUCCAGGCACGGCUUCGGCUCCGCGUGCUGGUGCCUCCCCUGCCCUCAUUGAAUCCUGGUCCAGCGCUAGAAGAGGGCCAGGGCCUGACACUGGCAGCCUCCUGCACAGCAGAGGGCAGCCCGGCCCCCAGCGUGACCUGGGACACAGAGGUCAAGGGCACUUCAUCCAGCCGCUCCUUCACACACUCCCGCUCAGCUGCUGUCACUUCAGAGUUCCAUCUGGUGCCCAGCCGCAGCAUGAAUGGGCAACCACUUACUUGUGUGGUGUCCCACCCUGGCCUGCUCCAGGACCAAAGGAUCACCCACAUCCUUCAAGUGGCCUUCCUUGCUGAGGCCUCUGUAAGGGGCCUUGAAGACCGAAAGCUGUGGCAGGUUGGCAGAGAAGGAGCUAUGCUCAAGUGCUUGAGCGAAGGACAGCCCCCUCCCUCCUACAACUGGACACGGCUGGAUGGGCCUCUGCCCAGUGGGGUCCGAGUGGAAGGAGACACUCUGGGCUUUCCCCCGCUGACCACUGAGCACAGUGGCACCUACGUCUGCCACGUCAGCAAUGAGCUCUCCUCGAGGGAUUCUCAGGUGGUUGUGGAUGUUCUUGCAGACCCUCAGGAUACCCCAGGGAAGCAGGUGGACCUGGUGUCGGCCUCCGUGGUGGUGGUGGGUGUGAUCGCCGCACUCUUGUUCUGCCUUCUGGUGGUGGUGGUGGUGCUCAUGUCCCGAUACCAUCGGCGCAAGGCCCAGCAGAUGACCCAGAAAUAUGAGGAGGAGCUGACCCUGACCAGGGAGAACUCCAUCCGGAGGCUGCAUUCCCAUCACUCGGACCCCAGGAACCAGCCGGAGGAGAGUGUAGGGCUGAGAGCCGAGGGCCACCCUGAUAGUCUCAAGGACAACAGUAGCUGCUCUGUGAUGAGUGAAGAGCCAGAGGGCCGCAGUUACUCCACGCUGACCACGGUGAGGGAGAUUGAAACACAGACUGAACUGCUGUCUCCAGGCUCUGGGCGGGCAGAGGAGGAGGAAGAUCAGGAUGAAGGCAUCAAACAGGCCAUGAACCAUUUUGUUCAGGAGAAUGGGACCCUGCGGGCCAAGCCUACGGGCAAUGGCAUCUACAUCAAUGGGCGGGGGCACCUGGUCUGACCCAGGCCUGCCUCCCUCCCCUAAGCCUGGCUUCCUCUGCUGACAUGGAAGAUUUCAGCUCACCCCUGGGGGAGCCUCUCUAAACCCCUAUUUCUUGAGGAAGAUGCUCCCCACCCCACUCACUGACUGCUCUACCUUUUCCUCCAACCCUUUGUUCAAGGAUGGUAGGGCUCUCCUUGCUGAGUCCCUCCCACAGUGUGUGCAGGUCACCGUGUAUGUCUUUGUGCUGGUGUGAGUGUUCACUGCGUGUGCAUGGAGGGGUGGCUGUGCCCCUGGUGUGCACUGUGCUGUCAUGUCAGAGUCCAAGUGAACCAUGGUGUGUGUGCCACAGGAUUUGGUGGCUGCAUGGGGAAUGCCAUGGGGGACUGGUGUGUGUGUUGUGUGGCUGUGUGACCUUUGCCUGUAAAAUGCAGGUGUUUUCCUCAGACCCCAGAGCAGUAUUAAUGAUGCAGAGGUUGGAGGCGGGAGGUGGAGACUGUGGGCCAGAUCCAGGUGUGCGGGCAUAGCUGGAGCUGGAAUCUGGCCGUCUGAGUGGGGGAGCCGGGCUCCCACCACUUGGGAGCCAUCGGGGCAAGUGUGAAGCACAGGGCCUAGGGGUCGGCUAGAGGCUCAAACUGUUACAGAAGAAGCCCUCUGCCCUCUGGUGGCCUCUAGACCUGCUGCAUGUACAUAUUUUCUGUAAAUAAACCUGCACAGGGGAGCUGCUUUAAGGAAUACUGCUCCAGACCCAUUCAUAAGAGAAAAGACUUUAAAAAAGCAUUUGAUUGAUCUAGAUGUUUAUUAUCACAAGGAUUGCUGAAAGUGACAUCAGCCUACACAGGAAUUCAGCAGAGCUAGACCUUGCUCAGGCCCUACCCCCAGGGGUUAAUUCCUGUGGUUCUGAAAGGUGCUCCCUCUAUGGCACCUUAAUCCAGCAGCCUUUUGGGAGGGAGCCUGAGAGCUGAUGGAGUUUGAAGAAAGGGUGUGCGCCUAGCAGUUACUGGCUACCGGAGGACAAGCCCUAGUGUCUCCUCGGCUCUUUCCCUGGCCUCAUGUUUUCCUAGUUGUAUCCACAGUUGUUUGUGGUCCCUUGGUGGGGGGAGUUGCUGGGACUUGGUGACAAGGGCUCCUGGUUCAGUUCUGGUGUAGGGGAGAGAGAAUAGUGGUUAUAGACCAAGGGAGGGUGGGAGUUCAGGUGAGGUGAAGGAGCUGCUGGGGCGUGAGAAUGUCUCCUUUCCCCCAGGGGUUUAGGGUCACUAACUUGGGGCUCUUCCAGUAGUUUUUCUGAGUGGGGGCUGGGGUUAGAUAAGGUCUAUUUUUGCCCGGCCCACCCGAAUAUAUUCAACCAGAAUACCUAGAUUUAGUGCCCAAACCCUGCUUGGCCUGAAAUCUGCUAGAUUUCUGGACCAAAAGAGAGACUCUCAUCCCCUGCUCCCCAGCCAGCCCAGGACUUUGGAUGUGGAACCUGAAGAUAUGGAAUUUCUAGUGUGUACAUGUUCUGUAAAUAUGUGCAUAUUUGUACAUAAAAUGAUUCUGUUUUUAAAUAAACAGAGAAAACCUGUU